UGAAUUAUUAUGAUUGCACUCUUAUUCCAGAGAAGCAUUAAUAUAUUAUAUAUAAUAAACUACUAUUUAUAGAUAAUGUCUGUGCGGCCAAAUCAGGGAAAACGGCCAACUUUGGUCGGGGGUGUAAGUGAUACCAGUAACAGUGACACCAGCAGUCACCACAGUGAACACAAUCACACCACCAGCAGCAGUAGCAGUAGCAGUCCCGUAGUCUCCCCGAGGCAGUUGUCUCCGCAGCAUCACAACGUAGCUCAUGUGAGCGGCAUUGUCGGGCCUCCACACAAACAGGGCUCAUUAACCCAGGCUUCCACUCAUUCUGGAGAAUCCAGUUCUCUCAACUCCAAGCUUGGCAGGGAGUCGGCUGGAAGUCACUCAGGUUCCCCACCAUCUCCCAAAAGUCUCGGCUCUUCCUCCACGACCACCACAUCAGACCCUCACCACCUACAGCGUCACCACUACCACCCCCAGCAGCAUCUGUCCAGUGUCCUUGCUGGCACGUCCAAGUUAAGUACGAGGGACGCUAUCAUGAGAGACACGCAGCUUUCUCCGAGCGCUCUGAGCUCGACUGCUGUGACGGCGUCCACUCCCGUGGGGGUGUCCGUGCCGGUCAUGUCGUCCGCGGGCCGCUCGCCUGCUGACCGAACUCUGUCAAGAGACGAGCCCACUCUCUGCCCAGGUGAAGUGAAGCACGAGACUGCACGUGACGUAACCUACUUGUGUCCCUACACGGGUCCUAAGAAGGGCGUGCUCACGGUCACCAACUACAGACUCCACUUCUGCAGCGUCGAGCCCGAGUUUGAUCUGUCCGUGCCGCUUGGGGUGAUUUCAAGAAUUGAAAAAGUUGGAGGCGCUACCACAAGCCGCGGCGAAAACUCAUACGGCAUUGAGAUAUUCUGCAAAGAUAUCAGAAAUUUACGUUUUGCACACAAGCAAGAAAACCACUCCCGCCGCCUCAUCACAGAAAAACUGCAGAAUUUCGCCUUCCCAGCUUCUAACAAACUCCAGUUCUUUGCAUUCCAUUACGAGGAACAGUUCCCUGAGAACGGCUGGACCGUUUACGAACCCAUCGCCGAGCUGAAGCGUCAGGGUUUGCCCACUGAGUCGUGGAGGAUAAGUCGUAUCAAUGAUAAGUAUGAAGUUUGUGAGACAUACCCUGCGGUGUGGGCGGUGCCGGCUGCCAUCACGGACUCCAAGCUCAAAACUGUCGCUGCUUUCAGGAGCAGAGGCCGCUUGCCUGUUCUAUCGUGGCUGCAUCCUGAGAGCCAAGCAAGCAUCACGCGCUGUGCUCAGCCGCUGGUUGGAGUGGCAGCCAAACGUUCCAAAGAUGACGAAGAUUACGUGCAGCAAAUAAUGGAUGCCAACGCUCAGAGUCACAAAAUCUACAUCAUGGACGCCCGCCCAAACGUUAACGCGGUAGCCAACAAAGCCAAGGGCGGGGGCUGUGAAAGUGAAGAAAAUUAUAAGAAUGCCGAAGUGCAGUUCCUUGACAUAGCCAACAUCCAUGUUAUGCGAGAGAGCUUGAGGAAACUGCAAGAGGUCUGCUAUCCUAACAUUGAUAACAGCCACUGGCUCAGUAAUCUCGAGAGCACCCGCUGGCUGGAACACGUUCGUUGCGUGCUCAGUGGUGCUGCUCGUAUCACUGAUAAGAUCGAGAACCAUAAGACCAGCGUUAUUGUUCAUUGUUCGGAUGGCUGGGACAGAACCAGUCAGUUGACGUCACUGUCGAUGCUGAUGCUGGACGGUCACUACCGCACUAUUGAAGGCUUUAUUGUCCUCAUAGAAAAAGAGUGGCUCAGUUUUGGCCACAAGUUUGCUCAGCGUGUUGGUCAUGGCGACGAUCGGCAUCAGGAUUCAGACCGCUCCCCUACCUUCGUGCAGUUCAUUGACUGUGUCUGGCAGAUCAUGCGUCAGUUCCCGCAUGCGUUCCAAUACACACAAGACCUGCUUCUGCUUAUCCUGGAUCACCUCUACAGCUGCCUCUUCGGAACCUUCCUUUAUAACAGUGAACACGAACGAGUAGACGCUGACGUCAAGAAAUCCACUUUGUCCCUCUGGUCGCUGGUGCUGAGCCACGCUCAGGACUACCAGAACCCGCUGUACAAUCCCGCCACCCGCCACCAUGUGAUCCUCCCCCUCACCUCCAUCAGGCACAUCAGGCUUUGGGACACUUACUACUGUCGCUGGAACCCCGCCAUGAGAAACCAGGAGGCAGUUCACCAACGGUACCGGGAGCUGCAGCAUCUCAAGGAGCAGCUCGACCAGCGCGUCAACGACCUCAGGGGGAACCUGGCAGCUCGCAACCACCCACAGCCCCCCUCUGCCCCUGCUCCCCCUGCCCCCACCUCUACCGCUGUCUGAUUCUCUCUCUACCUAUAUUGAUGUAGAUUCCAUACUACUAAUCGACCUAUUAAAUGUGUCUUAUUAUUUAGCGCUAUCUUGAAAUAGUUUCGAUACUACUAAUCGAUCUAUGAAAUGUGUCUGAUUAUUUAGCUAUCUUGAAAUAGAUUCCAUACUUCUAAUCGAUCUAUUAAAUGUGGGAUUAUUUAUCUGUCUCGAAGUAGAUUUGAUCCUACUAAUUUAUCUACUAAAUUAAUGUUCUAGACUUGUUCCACUUGUUGCUUCGGUCUUCACGCUUCGAAUUGCAUUUCGCCGAUACCAAACGUCGCUUGAUUUCUGAGUUGGCCAUCGAAUUGUGCUCUCUUGAGGGUCACGAAACGAAAAUUUGAAUAGAAUACCAAUUUUAUAAUUUGAAUGCCAUCGUCUGCCUAUAUCGUCUUGCUUUUCAUUACUGUUUAAAUUUUGAGGAAGUUUUGAUUGCCAGAUGCACAAUGUAUUAAAAUGGUUCGAAGUCUAAUUUGAGUUGCUUCAGUUAGAAUAGGAAAUACAAAAUUCAUUGGUUAACUAUAACUAUAUGUGCAAGGGUCUAGAGAUUAUUUAAUCAUUAUGUUAAAGCUUUAUCUACUCGAUUUAUAGUUACUAUUUAGGAUAUUUAUCUUUUAUUUACAGGAUAUCUUCUAUUUACAGCGUCUUCUGGGCACUGGCCUUCCUAAGCGUACCUAUCAAAAUUUAUUUCGCGAUUGUGUCAUUCCUGUUGCAAUUAUUGAAUAUUGGUGGGGUUAAUUGUUCGAACUUUAAAAUGGGGUAGGUAGUUGAAACGAUGAUUCUGUUUUUUUUUUUUUUUCUUUUUU